UCCACCGGGGUCGAAGUUAUCGCAGCGGGUUAAGCCACAUGUCGCAAAGUUCAAGGACCGGGGUAAGGAUAUCGGUUAGGCCCCCGAUUCCCCACCUGCUGGGGAGUCCCUUCACAAGCGGUGAAGCAGGUCUGCAGGUCUCUGUUCCAUUUCUCUCUUUCCUAUCCAGCAAUGACGACAUCAUCAACAACAAUAAUUACAAUAAUAAAACAACAAGGGCAACAAAAGGAAAAAAUAAAUAAAAUGAAUAUUAAAACACACACACACACACACAAAAAAAAAAACUUCCACCAGCUUCCUCAUCCAGUUGGCUGACUCCAGCUCGCUCUGUUCCCUGCUGCUUAGCCAUGUGAGGGGCAGCGCUGUGACCCCGCACCCUGGGCACUUGGUGCUGCGGGCUGUGCAGCGUGUAACCCGCACUCUGCAGCCUGCUCACAGCCUGGCUCCUGGAGCGCUGCGGCCUCUGCUGCCCUGCGAGCUGCAUGCCGGCACCGUGUGCAUGCUGAGCCCUGCUCUGCUCUGCUCUCUGUAGGUGAGUUCAAGGCAAACAUGAAUGGACAAUAAUAGAAAAUGGUAUUGGAACUGUGGGUGUCAGCAGUGUUACACAGGAAGCUUUGGGAGAUGUGGUUUAAUGUCGGCUACCUGAAGCUGGGACAGAAUGGAACACAGAGAUGAGGUUGGUGCUUUGAGAAGUGUACAAUCUACCACCGAACUAGACUCGCUGCUGAUGGGGGAGAGAGCAGCAUCCUGGGGCCAUUCCCCAGUUUCCUCCUGGGGUGGGGGGUUAGAUUGCUUCCUACAUGGAAGAGCUUUCUUGCAGCUCCUGAAGAAAAUCCAGGACUCAUCAGUAAAUCUUGCUAUCAAGAUGAGUGGCUGAUCAAGAUGACUGUGCAGUGCAAAGAGGCCUUGCUGAAUUAAAAUCAUAGUCUCCAACUCCUGCUGUGAUUUCUCUUCAUUUUCUGGCCUGAAAGGAAAUUGAGAGAAAGAGGAAGAAAUGGCAGUUUCUCAGUGCUCAGUGACCUAUGAAGAUGUAACUGUGAUAUUCACUCAAGAGGAGUGGGCACUAUUAAACCCUUCAGAGAAGAAACUCUACAGAGAUGUGAUGUGGGAAACCUUUAUGAACUUUCUCUCAAUAGAAAAAUUGCAAGGAGACCAUUCUACAGAAGAGCAGCAUAACCACCAAGGAAGUAAACAAAGUAAUAUAAUCAGUAUCACUGGAGCCAAAAAAAGAAGUCAAAAACCUCAAGAAUGUGAAUUAAACAACAAAGUAUUCACUUAUUCUAGUCAUCUUCAAAAUCAGAAAAUUAACAUUGGAGAGAAAUCUUACGAAUGUAAACAAUGUAGUAAAACAUUUAGUUGUUCCAGUUAUCUUCGGAAGCAUGAAAGGAUUCACAGUGGAGAGAAACCCUAUGAAUGUAAACAAUGUAGUAAAACAUUCAACCGAUGCAGUUCUCUACAGGAUCAUGAACGAACUCACAAUGGCGAGAAACCCUAUGAAUGUAAACAAUGUAAUAAAACAUUCAGGCGAUCUAGUAAUCUUCGAAGACAUGAACAAACUCACAGUGGAGAGAAACCCUAUGAAUGUAAACAAUGUAGUAAAACAUUCAGGCGAUCCAGUAAUCUUCGAGAACAUGAAAGAAUGCACAGUGGAGAGAAGCCAUAUCAUUGUAAAAAUUGUAGUGAAACAUUCAGUUGUUUCGGAAUUCUUCGUUUCCAUGAAAGAACUCACUGUGGAGAGAAGUCAUAUGAAUGCAAACAAUGUAGUAAAACAUUCAGUUGUGCCAGUUAUCUUCGGACACAUGAAACAAUCCACAGUGGAGAGAAACUCUAUGGAUGUAAACAAUGUAGUAAAGCAUUCAUUACAUCCAAAUAUCUUCGGAAUCAUGAAAAAACUCACAGCAGAGAGAAACCCUAUGGAUGUAAACAAUGUAGUAAAACAUUCAGGCAACCCAGUCUUCUUCGGAGACAUGAGAGAACUCACAGUGGAGAGAAACCCUACGAAUGUAAACAGUGUAGUAAAACAUUCCGUUAUUCUAGUCAUCUUCGAAGACAUGAAAGAACUCACAGUGGAGUGAAACCCUAUGAAUGUAAACAAUGUAGGAAAACAUUCAGGCGAUCCAGUAAUCUUCGGGAACAUGAAAGAACUCACAGUGGAGAGAAACCUUAUGAAUGUAAACAAUGUACUAAAACAUUCAGUUCUUCCAGUUCUCUUCGGAGGCAUGAAAUAACUCAUAGUGGAGAGAAACCCUAUGAAUGUAAACAAUGUACUAAAACAUUCAGAUUUUCCUUUUCUCUUCAGAAGCAUGAAAAAACUCAUAGUGGAGAUAAAUUCUAUGAAUGUAAACAAUGUUGUAAAACAUUCACUCAAUCCAAUCUUCUUCGGACACAUGAACGAAUUCAUAGAGGAGUGAAACACUAUGAAUGUAAGCAGUGUCAUAAAGCAUUUAGAUAUUCCAGUUCUCUUAGGACACAUGAAAGAAUUCACAGUGGUGAGAAACCCUAUGAAUGUAAACAGUGUAGUAAAACAUUCAGUCAGUUAUCUAAUCUUCGGACACAUGAAAGAAUUCACAGUGGAGAAAAACCCUAUGAAUGUAAACAAUGUAGUAAAACAUUCAGUCAAUCAUGUUCUCUUCGGAUACAUGAAAGAACUCACAGUGGAGAGAAACCUUAUAAAUGUACACAAUGUAAUAAAACAUUCAGGUUUUUCAGUUCUUUUAGGACACAUAAAAGAUCUCACAGUGGAGAGAAACCUUAUGAAUGUAUACAAUUCAGUAAAACAUUUAAUUGCUCCAGUUAUCAUCAGACACAUGAAAGAACUCACUGUGGAGAGAAUCCCUAUGAAUGUGAACAAAGUAGUAAAACCCCAGAAUAUCCUUCUACUCUUAAGGUAUAUGAAAGAAGUCACAGUGGAGAGGAUCCCUAUGAAUAUAAUCAAUACAGUAAAGCUUUCCAUUAUUUCAAUAGUCAUUGAGCAUAUGAAAAUAGGCACCAUGUCAAUGAGAUUCAAUUUCUUUGAACAAAUGAAAUUGCUGACAGUGGAGAGAAACUUUAAUGAAAUUUUAAAUGAUUAGAGACCACAGUUUGAAAUAUACAAGUAAACACCUGUGAGUUUUAUGUGAAUGUAAGGAAUUUAAAUAAGCAUUUUAAUUCUAAUACUUUGGGAAGCCCACUUGGUACAGAAACUUUAUUAAAUUUGAAUAAUGAUUAAAUAUUCAAAUAGAAUGACAUUUUUAACACAUCUAAAUAUACUAACAUUAGACAAAAGAUCUUAUCAGUGUAGACAUUAUAGAAAUAACAUUGUAGAACUACAGAAUAACUCAUACUGGAGAGAAACUUAGUGAAUUUAAAUAGUUGAAUAGUAAUACAGACUUUAUGCUUUUGUAUGGAUUGUAUCUGUCUUGUGGAAAAGUACUUUUGUUCUUUAAUUUUGAUUCUCAGGUUACAAGCAGUGAUGCUGCACUUCAGAUGUCCUGCCCUCUUUCCUCUAUUUAUUUUCCCUUUUAUUGCCUUUGUUGACUUUGAAUCUUAUUU